ACAUAUGCCGGUGGUCUCGCGCGAACCAGAGAGCCUUGAAGUGUCUGGUUCAAUGCGUUCCAGUCCGAGUCAUUCGGCCAGAAAGACUGGGGGUAGGUACAGGCUUGCGAGUGCCCCCAACAACCAGUACAGGCGACAGUGGCUAGCACAAACAGCGUUGACAGGGGCCUUAAAGGCCUUGGGAGACCCUGUGUAA